AUGUUCAAGAUCUUUAGAAUUAUAUUAUCUACAAAUAAAAAUAAGAGGAAUUUAGAUUCCUUUAAAUAUGAGGAAUUUGGGCUUACAUUGGCACAAAUUACUCUUGUUGAUGGAGAUAAGGUUGAUAUAUUUGUAAAAUUGUCAAAUAAUAACCAAAUAUUAAGAAUAGCAACUGUUACAAAAGCACAGCCAAAUACUUGUUUAAGGCAAUUAAAAUUUCCAAUAAAUUCUAUAAUGCUUUGUAAAGGGAAUGGUACAAUACAUUGUAUUGCAAAUUUACCUUUAAGAAGUAAAGGCUGUCAUAAAAAUGAAAUUAUUUAUGAACAAAGAGAAUUUCAAGAUAAAAACCAAUUAAAAAAAGAAACUGAAAUUAAUCCACAAGAUAUUAUAAAUUUUAAAGGAAAACAAAAUUCUAAUGAAAUUAAACCAGGUUAUUGUCGAGAAUUUUCUAAUGGAUUAAAAUAUGAAGUUCUGUCAAUAACCAAUUUACCAAAACAUGAUAAACCACAAAUUGCAUUAAAUGGAAGUAAUGUUAAAGUUAAGUAUGAAGGUAGACUAGCUUCUAAUGGGAAAAAAUUUGAUAGUGGAAUAUUCUCAUUUACUCUUGGAUGUGGUGAUGUUAUUAAAGGUUUUGAUCAAGGUGUAAAAGGUAUGCUUGUUAAUGAAAAAAGAAGAAUUUUUAUUCCAUCUAAACUUGGAUAUGGAUUAAAAGGUUCACCACCAAUUAUCCCAAGAAAUGCAGAUUUAGUUUUUGAAAUUUCAUUAUUACAAGUUGCAUAA